AGCUGGAGCCGGCAUCCACGGUGCUCCCGGGCCGCGCGGCCACAGCCGGCGGGCUCUCCGGGCGGGUCCUCCUGACCCUCCAUCCCGGCUCUCCAGACUCGCCUCGAUCUCCGUCGGGAUAGUGGCGAAGGCAAGAAAGAUAAUCUUCGGUGCCGCGCUGUCCCCGCCAGGGAAAGACAGCAAGUUGUGCUGCGCCCGGGACCCGCGAGAGACCGCGGCCGCCGCCCGGCCGGGGGCAGCCAUCAUUACUACAUAGGAUGAGAAGCCAAUUGCGCUAAGACUGAAGAUCUGUUACAGCAAGUAGCUACAUACACCUUGAAGAACUGUGGAUUACCUGGAAGUUUCUAGUGACCACAAGCCUUCCUUCACACCUUCGGGACAGUCACGUUGGGUCCUCAUUGCAGUGCCUGUUGGAAGAUGGCAUCCAGCCUGACUUGUACUGGAGUGAUCUGGGCUUUGCUUUCCUUCCUUUCAGCUGCCACCUCCUGUGUGGGGUUCUUCAUGCCUUACUGGCUCUGGGGAUCUCAGCUAGGCAAGCCUGUGUCCUUUGGCACUUUCCGGAGGUGCUCCUAUCCCAUACAUGAUGAGAGUCGGCAGAUGAUGGUGAUGGUGGAGGAGUGUGGGCGCUAUGCCUCCUUCCAGGGCAUCCCCAGCACCGAGUGGAGGAUCUGUACCAUAGUGACAGGCCUGGGCUGCGGCCUGCUCCUCCUGGUGGCUCUCACUGCCCUUAUGGGUUGCUGCGUGUCGGAGCUCAUCUCCAGGACAGUCGGAAGAGUGGCUGGGGGGAUCCAGUUCCUGGGGGAAUAAACGGAGUUUGCUGGU